AUGCUUAAAAUAUAUUUUGUUGAUACUAAAAGGUCUUUCAAAUUUAUUGAUAUUUGGAGAUUUUUAUCCGCAUCCCCGAAAUGGGUAAAAGAGUACGGGGAAGAAGAAGAAGGUGGUGAGAAAAGAACAAAAGUUUCGGAGACGAGUUAUACUACUUCAUCAGAGGAUGAGCUCGAACUCGAAGAAGUAGUCGACCAAUGGGGCGAAAAAAGAAAGGGUCCUCAUCAAAUACAUCAGACUUCCGCCUUUGCCUCUUCUCUCGACGUGCACACCUGCCGCCUCCACCCAUCUGCCCUCCGGUCCGGUCACCGCCGCCAACCCCCUUUGCCUCCAGCUUCGUCAAAACUCGGAGAUAACAGCAAGAGAUUUCAUCCGACUGAUGAAGAAUUGGUUCUUUAUUGCCUGAAGAGGAAGAUCUGUGGUCGAUCGCUCAAGCUCGACAUCAUCGGCGAAGUUGAUGUUUACAAGUGGGAUCCAGAAGAGUUACCUGGUCAAUCAAAACUAAAAUCAGGUGAUCGACAAUGGUUCUUUUUUAGCCCAAGAGAUAGAAAGUAUCCAAAUGGUGGAAGAUCAAGCCGAGCAACAAUGAAUGGUUAUUGGAAAGCAACAGGAAAAGACAGAAUCAUCAAAAGGAAAUCAUUUCCAGUUGGAAUUAUAGAUAAAAUUAUAGAUUUGUACAUAAAUUAA